AUGUUCAAUUGGCCAUCCAUGUUUCAAAACAACAAACAUGAUUCAAACUCUCUUUCGGAGCUCAACAAAUUACAAACCACAACCACCAACUCCAAUCACACCACCACAACCACCACCACUACUACUACGACUAGUACGACUGCCAUGAACAACAACAACAACCACCACCACCACCACCACAACAACAACACCAGAGAGACUACUCUUCUUGCUGACCAUGACGAUCAUGACUUUGAACUCAUCCAUCGCUCUUCCUUAUUGUCAAAAUCUACUACAACUGCAACCACUACAUCCACUCCAACUACAACCACUUUAACUCCUCCUCCUCCUAAUAAGGAAGCAGAAGAAGAAGAAGAAGACUCUUCCUCUCAUAUCCAUCUAAUCAUUCUCAUUGCUGGUAUGGGUGCAAGAAAGAAUCAUCCAUUAGGUGAAUCUAUUUUAAUUCCAGCUGGUAAAUGGUUUGAUAUUCACAAGUGUCAAAUGGCCAUGAAAGAAUCCAUUCAUAAUCUUUACAAUCAAUAUGCAUCGAAUCAAGUGAAAUCUCAAUCACCUCAUAUUAUUGUGAAAUCUAUUGAUUAUUGUUCAACAGUGAGAGAAGAAGGUGGUUAUAGUGAAAAGUUAAAUUUAGUAACCAUGAAAUCAGGUGCACAAUUAUUGAGAACCAUCGCCAAUGAGAGUAUGAUUGAUGUAUUAAUGUAUAAUAGUGAAAAGAUUAAGAAACAAAUGCAACAGGUGGCAUUGAAACAAAUUAAUGAAAUUUUGGAUGAAAUGGAAGGAUUACCUGUGAAAACUAUUUCCAUUGUUGGGCAUUCCCUUGGAUCUGUUUUGGCAUUUGACAUUUUAUAUCAACAUCAACUCUCUGAGAAUACUUUAUUGAAACGAACACCAACACAUUGUUUUUUAUUGGGAUCUCCACUUGGAUUAUUCCUCACUAUGGACAUUCAAACCAAUCAUAGAGAAUUAGAAGCAUUCCAUUUUGUGAAUCCCAUUUCAGGUAAAAAACAAUUAUUAAGAGAUUUACCAGUCUAUCAUUUGUAUCAUCCUUACGAUCCUGUUGCUUAUCGUUUAGAUCCUCAUUUAGAUCCUAAAUUUGCUAAAUUUGAUCCAUUGAGUUUGGAUUUCUUUAGUAGAAGAGUGAGACCACCCACUCAUCCAGUGGUUCAACUGACCAAUGCUUUCAAUCAAAUGUUAGUGACAUUGGGAGUUGAUACAAACAAAGUUGAUGAUGAAUAUCGUGAAUUAAUUGAUCAAUAUGAAAUUAUUGAUCAUGCACUUCCUGUCAUGUCUGAAAUUGUCAUUAAUGAAUACUUGUCAGCAAGUGAUGUUCAUUUAAAAUAUUGGAGUAAUUAUGAAGUUGUUAGUUUUAUUUUGGAAAAGUUGAAUCUCAUUUCGGCAGCAGCAGUGAAUGGUUCACAAUAA